AUGCAUGUAAUCUGACAUCCGUUGGUAAUAUAAUGAAUUUUGAGGAUGAUCAAAUAAGAGUUAGCAGUGAAAAUUCGGUAAAUAGUGUAGCAUCUGAUCAUUCUACAACCCUAUUAAUUGAGAAUAUUGUUGAUUUGACAGUUGAAAACAAUUCUGAACAUUCGACAAAGACGGCCCAAACCAUUUCUCCUGCUGAUUUGGAUUAUAACCCUCUUGAUGUACUAAAUGGUUUUUUAGAACGUGAAAAUCAAAAUAAUAAAGAUCGCUACAAAAAAUCUGCUGAAUCUGAAAAUGCUAUUGGAAUGUGCAUUAUUGUUAUUGUGGAACAAGAUAUUCAUAUAUUACCAAAACCCGCAAAGGCUGAUGGUUCUCUUGAAACUGUGUUGCGAUAA